CACGUGGGCCGGCCGGCCGGGCCGCCGUCGUAGAAGCAGAAUUUCCGCGGUUGUGUAACUGCCCCCCGCGGGCGCGCAGCGGCCUGGCCUCGCCUCCCUCCUCCACCGGGCCCUGCUCUCCGGCGGCAGAGCUAUGGCCUGGGCGGCAGCGGCGGGCAGCGGCGGGGCCCGCGGCCAGCUCUCGGCGCACACGCUCCUCUUCGACCUGCCUCCCGUGCUGCUGGGCGAGCUCUGCGCCGUCCUGGACAGCUGCGACGGCGCGCUCGGCUGGCGCCGCCUCGCGGAGCGACUUUCAAGCAGCUGGCUGGAUGUUCGUCACAUUGAAAAGUAUGUAGACCAAGGGAAAAGUGGAACGAGAGAAUUGCUUUGGUCCUGGGCACAGAAAAACAAGACCAUCGGUGACCUUUUACAGAUCCUCCAGGAGAUGGGGCAUCAUCGAGCUAUCCAUUUAAUUACAAACCAUGGAGCAGCCUUGAAUCCUUCAGAGCAGAGUCACCUGGGAGAUGGAUUUCCAAGCAUGUUACCCAAGGAAACAACCAAUGUCACAGUGGAUAAUGUUCUUAUUCCUAAACAUAAUGAAAAAGGAAUAUUGUUUAAACCUUCUAUCAGCUUUCAAAACAUCACAGAAGGAACCAAAAAUUUCCACAAAGACUUCCUAAUUGGAGAAGGGGAGAUUUUUGAGGUGUACAGAGUGGAGAUCCAAAACCGAACGUAUGCCGUUAAAUUAUUUAAACAGGAGAAAAAAAUGCAAUGUAAGCAACAAUGGAAGAGCUUUUUAUCUGAGCUUGAAGUUUUACUACUGUUUCAUCAUCCAAACAUUCUGGAGUUGGCUGCAUAUUUUACAGAGAGUGACAAGUUCUGCCUGGUUUAUCCGUAUAUGAGAAAUGGGUCCCUUUUUGACAGACUGCAGUGUGUAGGUAACACAGCCCCGCUCUCUUGGCACAUUCGAAUCAGUAUCUUAAUAGGAGCGUGCAAGGCCAUCCAGUAUUUGCACAACAUCGAGCCGUGCUCAGUUGUCUGUGGCAGCAUCUCCAGUGCAAACAUACUUUUGGAUGAUCAGUUUCAACCCAAACUAACUGAUUUUGCCGUGGCGCACUUCCGACCCCACCUUGAACACCAGCACUGCACCAUCAGCGUGACCGGCUGCAACAGGAAACACCUGUGGUACAUGCCCGAGGAGUACGUCAGGCAGGGCAGACUCACCGUCAAAACCGACGUCUACAGCUUUGGGAUUGUAAUCAUGGAAGUUCUGACAGGUUGUAAAGUGGUGUUGGAUGAGCCAAAGCACAUCCAGCUGAGGGAUCUUCUUAUGGAAUUGAUGGAAAAGAGAGGCCUUGAUUCAUGUCUCUCAUAUCUAGAUAAGAAAGUGUGUCCCUGUCCUCGGAAUUUCUCUGCCAAGCUGUUCUCUUUGGCGGGCCAGUGUGCUGCAACACGGGCCAAGUUGAGACCAUCGAUGGAUGAAGUCCUGACCGUUCUUGAGAGCACUCCGGCCAGCUUGUAUUUUGCUGAAGACCCUCCCGCCUCACUGAAGUCCUUCAGGUGUCCUUCUCCUCUGUUCUUGGACAACGUACCAAGUAUUCCAGUGGAAAAUGAUGAAAACCAGAAUAACUCUUCCCUGCCUCCUGAUAAAGCUUGGAGAAAAGAGAGAAUGACUCAGAAAAUUCCCUUUGAAUGUAGCCAGUCUGAGGUGACGUUUCUGGGCUUUGAGAGAAAGACAGGGAGUCAGAGAAAUGAGGAUGCUUGCAACAUACCCAGUUCUUCUUGUGAAAAGAGUUGGUCUCCAAAGGAUGCAGCUCCAUCCCAGGACUCCAGCACCUGUGGUGUGACUAUGGACCCUUCUGCAGAAGCUCUGGGCCAGUCUUACAGGAGCAGGCCAAUGGAGAUUAGCUGGUCUUCUGAAUUUUCCUGGAAUGAAUGUGAAGAGUACAAAAAGGAGGCAAUUUCACCAGAAGAUAAGGAAGAAAGCAAAUAUUGCUGAAGUACCUGAGUGCUGGUGUCAUCAUGGGGAGACAUUGUCUUUCACGAGUAAUGCCAAGAGGAUGAGUGAUGGUGAAUUUGGGUAAUGCUGAUCAACAAUCUGGACAAUUCUAUUCCUUCCUUUCUACCUCGAAAAACGGGGUGGCUUAGAAAUUUGUUUUAUCAGGAUAAUUGCUUCAUGAUCAAACAUGGGCUCUGGCUUUGGACAAGCACAACAAUGAAAACCUACCGGAAAGGGAGUGGAUUCUAAUGGUCUCCAUCAGCAUCUGCGUGAGCUCAGAGCCUCCGGUCUGCUGAGUAUGGUCAGUUCACUUGGAGUCCAUUGUGUGGUUUCAUCUGCCUGCCAGGACUUAGGAAAUGUCUAAUUUGUGAAUGGUAAUAGAUGCCUUUUUAAAGAA